UUGUCAAAUUGUUACAGAAACAUAAAAAUGAAUACCAAGUCGAAAUCUUGCUUGAUCGAUGAAAUGCUAACUGAAUUGGCAAGUAGUCGGCAAUCUAUGUCUCAUCAGUCGAAUGUAAUUUCAGACGUCAUUGAUAAGUCAAAUAAUAUAAUGCUUCAAAUUGAAUCUACGCGCGGUAGCACAAAUAGUGCCAACACUAAUGCAGAUAGCUCCACAAAUAAAACAUUUUCUUGUAAAAAGGAAAUAGUACAGAUUUUGGCUAAAAUAAUUGAAAAUUCGCCACAGAUGUUUAGCGCCAACAUGCAAACUCUCGCAGCCAGCUUGAAUCAAAACGGUGACCAGUUUGAGCAGUAUCUAGAACAGAGCCAUCAACGUGCCGAGUAUUUAAGUAGCUGCGUUAGAAAAUUGCUCGCUGUGGGCGAUACACUAACGCAAAUAAAAACUGUUCUACAUGAGGCUGAUGACAUUAAUAAUUCUGAAGUAUAUGAACCAUCGAGUGAAUAAUUUUUGUUAUUAAGAAAGUCCCUUAUCAAUAAUUUCUAUGUAUUUUAUAUUUUAAAACGGUUUACAUACUGGAAACUGUGUUUAAUAAAUAGGUGAUUAAAUUCAUAAAA